GUUAGGAAUACACAACACAUGUGAUUGAUAAUUAUAGCACUACGCUCUCAUUAUAGCUCCUACGAACACCGCGUUGGCCCUGCCAUGGCCACAGUUUUCAGAAAUUUUCAGAAAUCAGGUGAUCGGUGAAAAGUGCGAGUGCAGUGAGUGACAAGUGAGAGUUGUUCUUGGAUCAGGAAUAGGCGAACUGGAUAUUGAAAAUUCAGUAAAAAAUGUAAAACGGACCACGAAGAUGAAAAAAUUCAUCUCCAAGAAAAUCAACACCGACCAAUGGCGGGUGGUGGUGCCGAAUUUGAACUCCUCAAUAUUCAGAAAAUCUCCAUCGAAGGAGGAAGACAAGUCUGACAAGGAGUCCAAAAGGUCAUCAGGUUUCUACGAUUUUCAAGAAGCACAAUCAGAAUACGACAAGAGCAGGAGCUUGCCGAAUAGUGUAUACGUAGACACGGGUAGCUCGGAAGAAGACGAAGAAGAAUUCCAAGAUGCUACUAAUAUGUCGGACAAAAGCAGCUCGAAAAACAAGGACAACAGUGACACAGACAUGGAAUUGUACCAGGACGUAGAAACGUCAACUCCAAAAAUUGUUUCCAAAAACAUUGAUCAAAACAACAGCAAGUUUGAAUACGACGUGCCUCGAAUAAGUUUCAAAUUCUUCGAGAAACAGAAAGAAGAAGCUAAAAAAAAUGAGGAAGCUUUAUACGAAAAUGAAAAGAAUAGUCAAGAACUUGCAACUGUUUCGAAAAGUGAGAUUAAAAUUGUUCUAUCAACACCGGAAGAUGAAAGGAAAAUCAUUCUGGAAGCUCGAGAAGAACCAGCCAGAGAAACUCCCGUUGACGAUGACUUGCCUGUUUGCCAUCCUACCGAGAGGUUCGUAUCUCACACUGAAAUAUUCGUGAAGAGUUUGGAAAAUAUUGAAGUAGAUGUGAUAAAAUCUUCCGGAAGUGAUCCCAUUCUGGUUCAGGGAGAAAAUGAAACUAUCGCUGAUGACGGCUUGUACCAGAUACCAAGAUCGUUGAAGAAGACGCAUAGAUUAUCACGAUCUUUAACAGACUUCGAAUUGGAAAAUAUUGAGAAUCCUCCUGAUGCAUUAUCUUCGAGUCAGUCUAGUAUCGAGCAUAUAUCUGUUAGUCAAGUGUUUCCCAGAAGUUUCGUCAAUGAAACCUCAAGAAUGAGUUCUGAAACUGUUAGUCAAACCGAUUCGAAGAUGAGAUUCCCCCGCAUCAAAAAAUCCUCUAUUUUGAUAAAACCGAAGGCCAAAUGGAAUGACUUCAGAAACAAGAUCAGCAAUAUUAUGAUUGAGCACGCUAGUCAGCAAAGAGUUGGAGCAUUCAGUGAUAGAGAAAAGGUCACUAUUAACCUAGAGGAGAUGUACAAAAACUCUAAAACGAAGUGCAAGAAGGUUCUUCGAAGCACCAGCAAAAUUUUUCAGAAAAAGAAGCAUGGUCUUGACGAUACUGGUUCCAGAGUGGUAAGAAAAAACCAGUUGACAGCUAGUGAUAUAGAAUACAGGCUCAAUUAUAGUGAUAGUAGUAGUGAAAUUAAUGACAGUAAACUGCUUCAUGGCAGUAAAGUUUCUAGAGAUAAUUGUACGAAUGACCGUGAAUUGUUCAACGAUGGUGUCGGUUCGAAUGUACGUUGUGCGAAUGAUAGUACUUUUCCAAAUAAUAAUAACUUUUCCAAUGAUGAGAAAGGAGAUUUUGAUGUCGGUGGUAUACUCAGUUCUACUAAGAGGAAGGUCUCUCUCGAGGAG